AUGGCUCUUCCUCUCGGCCCUCGCUUCCUUUUCCUGCUCCUCAUCCAGGCCCUCGUCCCUCCUUCUUCGCUUCAACUCCAUUUGGAUCCCGGCCUCAUCGACCGCAUCGUCCGGGACUCCGCCUUCCGGUCCUACCUCGUCGACCACCAGAAGACCGCCGUCGUCUACAACGUCUCGCUGCCGCCCAGCAUCCCUGGCGUCUCGGCCGCCACCGUGCGCUUCAGAACCGGCAGCUUGCGGCGGCACGGAGCCGCCGUCGGGGAGUUCCGGGUCGCGCCGGGCGUCGUCGUGCGGCCGCGCUCGAGGAGGCUCGUCGUGGUGGCGCAGAACCUGGGCGAUCUCUCCUCUGCCUACGACGGCUACAGGAACAUCUCAGGGUUCCGACUGGUCUCGCCGGUGCUGGGACUCCUCUUCUACAGAGCGGCGAGCGUGCGCAACGCCAGCGUCCCGCCGGAGCUGGAAAUCUUGGCGACCAGGGGGCCCAUCACGGUGGACUUCUCCGGGUUGGCGCGCUGCUCGCGGGGUUCGAGAGUGCUCUGCGCGCUCUUCGAAUCGGACGGCAACUUGAGCCUAUCGAAUGCCACGCGCGGCGGCACAAUGUGCAGGGCGCGAACCCAGGGACACUUCGCGCUCGUCGUCGAGUCGGCUGGAAGCGGCGGGAGGAGUGGAGGGGAGACGGAGAUGGAGAUGAAGCUGAGCGGGUGGAAGGUGGUGGUGGUGAGUGUGGCGGCGGGCGCCUUCAGCUCGGUGCUGCUGGGGCUUGUGGCGGUGGCGGUGGUGACGGCGCAGCGGAAGAGGAUGAGGACGGCGGAGAUGGAGAGGAGGGCGUACGAGGAGGAGGCGUUGCAGGUGUCGAUGGUGGGCCAUGUCAGGGCGCCCACAGCGGCGGUGGUUCGGACGGCGCCCUGCCUGGAGAACGAUGUGGCGCCAUCUUGGUGA